UGCGCGGUGCGUGCUUCCUAUCCAUGCCCCUUCAUUAAACCGACGUGCAUUUCUCUCCCGAUCGGGGUGUUAGAAGGAAAAAAAGGGGGGGGCCCACACGGUUCCAGCUGAGGCCCAGAGGCGGAUCUUGCUUUCUUGCAACCUCGGGGGAGGGACUCGACGUGCUUUCUUAACCUCCCCGUUUGAUUUAUUCCCCCCCCUUCCUCGAUUCGCGCGCUAUCAAACGCGUCAGAAUGCAGUCGGUUCAGACGUAAUAGAAGACUCCCGACUAAAAAGUUGGGCUCUCGCGGACGGAGGCGGACCACCGGCUAUGCCCCGAUGUAUCGGCCCCCCACCGCUCCAAAGGCAGGGGACGGAGGCUCUACGCUGGAGUGGGGAGAAGGAAGCGCAGGAGCGCUGCAUCCCGCCAGCCCACGUGCGCUGGGCAUCGAAGGGCAGCCCUUCCUGGUUCAUGUUUGCACAACCCGGGUGCGUGUGGGCGCGCAGAGUGGAUUCAAACCAGCUUGGAAAGGAGUCGGCGCCGAAAUGGCCAGAGAUGACGCUCUUUGGAUGCUACGGAAAGGGUCCGUUGGGGACAAGGCAGUCAAUUCGGGCCUACCUUCUAGGAUUGUUGCAAGGCUUAGAGGGUGAGGAACGUCAGACCGGAGCCUUGAGCUGUGCUGUGCCGUCCAGCGUGGCUUACCCCAACGGGCCGUGUCUUGCUGGGAGCGAGGUUCCUCGAAAAGCCAGGGGUGUCAGGGACGAAGCCCACCCACACGACGGUGAACUGUUGGUUUUGUAACCAGGACACGGUGGUGCCGUACGGAAACCGCAAUUGUUGGGAUUGCCCAAACUGCGAGCAGUACAACGGAUUUGAAGAGAAUGGAGAUUACAACAAGCCAAUCCCAGCUCAAUACAUGGAGCAUCUCAAUCACGUUGUUUCUGGGGCGGGAGCCUUCUACGACCCCACGAAGCCCCAGCAGUGGGUCAGCAGCCAGGUCCUUCUUUGUAAGAAGUGUAACAACCAUCAGACAAUGAAGAUCAAGCAACUGGCGUCCUUCACCCCCAGAGAAGAGGGCAAAUACGAUGAAGAAAUCGAGGUAUAUAAACACCACUUGGAGCAGACCUAUAAACUCUGCCGGCCCUGCCAAGCUGCCGUGGAAUAUUAUAUCAAGCAUCAGAACCGCCAGCUUCGGGCCCUGCUCCUCCGGCACCAUUUCAACAACCGGAAGACCGGCGAGACCUACAUGCAGAGCUUUUACGCUUCGGCUUCUGCUGCGGCCAGCACCACCCCGCUGCGAGUGAUCCUGCUGCGAUUUCUGGCCUUCCUCAGCUGCGCCACUCUUGUGGUGAUGGCCUUCUACGGGUCAGGUGACCCGUUUUUCCCGGGGUCCGCCACGCCGCCGGUUGCACCAAGCCCAGGGCUGUCGAGGAACAGGACUGGGCCGUCGCCGCCCGUGACCCUGCCACGUAACGGCACCCUCCUGGAAUCGCUGGGCUGGCAGGAGGGCGUCCAGUUGCUCUCGGCGCGAGCUCUGGAGAUACUGGAAGCAGCCUGGACCUACGGGAAGAGCCAUCAAACAGCCGUGGUCAUCCUGGGACUCUUCACUUGCAUCCUGGCUAUGUUGCUGGCAGGACGGAUCAGGCUCCGACGGAUUGACGCCUUUGCCUCCUUCCUGUGGCUGCUGGUGAUGGGCUUCCACCUGGUCGAGAAGUAUUUGCAGGUGGACAUUCCCAGCUGGGUGGAGACCGCCAAGUUCGGCACCACCUCCCUGUGCUGCUUGGUGGGAUUCGCAGCCGCCGUGGCCACGCGGAAGCCAGGGGGUCAGCGGAGAUCUCGGCCCCGAAGGUACUCUCUGGGAGACCCAGUGGCCGCCUUCCCCAACAGCACCGAGGUCAGCUUUGCCUACCCCUCCCCUCCCCUCGCCUUCAUCCCAACUCCUCCCAGUGUCCUCCAGUUGACGAACCAGCGACUCUUCUGCUCCCCGCGUCGGACAUCGUCCUCCUCUCUGCCCGGGCGGCUGAAUCGAGCCCUUUCGCUUGGCACGAUUCCUUCCCUGGCCAGGACUGACUCGGGCUACCUGUUCAGCGGAAGUCGGCCGCCCUCACAAGCGUCCUGCGCCAAGGACUUGGCUGCGUCAGAAUAUUUCUCACUCCUCUCCGGAAGCUGCAUGCCCUCCCCGGUGCCCUCGCCAGCACCGUCGGUGGCCGGCUCAGUGGCAUCGAGUUCCAGUUCCCUGCGUUACCGCCGGCCUCUGAUCAGCCCCGCACGGCUGAAUCUGAAAGGGCAACGGCUGAGGCUCUUCACGGGGCAGAGCGAACUCCAUCCCGGGGAAGAUUUUGCCCCCUCGGAAAACAGCAUGUUUGCUCCAGAUCGGUCUGCCUUCCCAAAAAGGCACUUCAGGGAUCAGGGGCACCCAGAUGUGACAGCUGUGGUGGAAGCCAGCAGUGUCUGCACUGAGGAUUCAGCUAAGAAAGGGGACGGUUCGUCACACUCAUCGAACUGUGUCGUUGACACCACAACACAAGAAGAGCCUUCAGGCUGGAAGAGCCGCUUCGGGAACCUGCUUCUCCGAGGUCUCCUGGCCCUCAGCCUGACGGUCAACGCCAUCUUCACGUCGGCCUACCUCUACCAAACGUUGCGAUGAGCCUCGGCCCCUGAGAAGCGGGGCGUCUUCCCCGUUUUCCUCGCCCUGGAGGCCGUGAUGCCCGGGCACCACGAGGACCUUCGCCGCCGCCUCGCCGUCUCCUGCAGGCAGCGGGAUCCGGUCUGCUUCUCCGAUGGCCGUUCCUGCCCCGACUUUCCUCGCCUGCUUCUCCACCACCCAAGAGCCCUUGUCCGAAAACAGCCCGUCCCGACCUGCAGGACAAUCUCUUCGGCCGUCGGCGGAUCGGGAAGCGCCCUGACUUUGCCUUUGAUUUGUACAGAAUGUGGGAUGAAUCCAGAGGUGGGGCUUGGAAGGCCGAGGGCCAGAAAUGGAUCGCGUUGCAUCGCGUUGUGCCCUUCGGCAGCCUGGCUUCUGUCGCAAACCUCGAAUGGUGGCUAAAUUCUGGCUCACGGGGAGAACUUAGGAACUUGGGGGGGUCCUGCUCUCCGCCCUCUUUGGUCUUCCAGGCCCCGGCCUGCUUUUCCCAGUCUGGUGGAGGGGAAAAACAGCCCAUUGCUUUGCUGGAUAUUUUGUCGAUCAGCGCCGGCUCGCGUCCAGCAUCUGGUCACUUUCAUUGCUUUUAAAUUCGAGCUCGUCUGGGAUGUUUGGAGACAGUCUCUGUUACUGUGUGUGUGUGUCUUCAAUUUAUUUAUUUUCAGGGCCAGGAAGACCCUGGCGUUGCAGCCACUUUUGAUUUGGCAGCAAGCAGUAUUUCUGUCCGCAGCCUAGUUCCUCUGGGUAGCUCUCAGUUAUUUUCACUCGGCCACACGAGGACCGAGUAGCUUUGCAAAACGAGUUUCUCGGCAGCAGGGGACACCUGUGCAAAAGAAAGCAUUUUUCCACACUUCAGCGGCCCAAAUCUGUACUAGGUUUACUUAUGAAAUCCUGCCUCUUUUUCCAGAACGAGAAAUUAGAGAAACGAAAACCAUCUCAGGAUGUGACUUCUGGCGCAGGUUUUUUUUUUCCCCCAGGUGCUAGCUUCUUUAAACCUUCCUUGCUUGGCCCAGGUUGGCCGGCCAAUGAUAACACUUCUGUCUUAGCCGGCUGUGCAGCAUGGGUUAGAAGGUUGAUUUCUUUUGGAACAGCAUGACAAGGAUGGGCGUCUUCGAGGCCUUUUCUGCCCUUUGGCAACCAAGGAAACUUUUUUUCCAGUCUAGGCCAAGAUGGAGGCCCACCGCUUUAUCCCCCCAUGAUCGUGGCUCGGUAGCGGGAUGUUAAAUGUCUUAAUUCCCGGUUGCUCGUGGAUGGUGCAAGAUGUUCGCUUGGCCUCGAGUCCCCCUUCCUCUGUUGGAAAACUUCCCAGUCUCUCCCACCUCACAGCAAUCCUGGAAACCUCUCUCGCACGUGUUUAUUUUCCAGAAACUUUAAAUGGUGCCUUGGGUUAAGCGGGUUUUUCGGCUUGCUUUAGAAGCCUGUCAGUCCUGCUUAACCCAGGCACGGUAAAGUAAGUUUCUCAAAAGUGGCGUCCUCCGAAGGUGUGUCGUCCCCACAUGGCCUUGCAAGCCAAUGUGUGGAAGGCAGGGUUUUUUUUUCUUAAUUCAGCAAAAAAUGUGGGGGGGCGUGACAGAGCAAAACCUGUAUCUUUGGUGCUAAAAGACACUGUUAUAGUCACACGGGUGCAAAGUGUUCCUUUUCUCACAGCGUAAGUCCUAAAAGUUCCACCGUUUGUCUUAAUUACUACCCCUUUUCUCACGGUGUUUUUUCACUCUUUAUUAAAAAAGGGGGUUGGGAAAAAAACACUCAAGCCAUUUUUGUUUCUGCCCUCAAUUUUUCUUUCCUCGGGCGUGGGGUCGAACUUCUUGCUUCUUUUUUCGAGUUUCAUCCUGGCCACUGAGUUGAAGACGCGUCCUCCGAAAGGGAUGUUUGUUUUCAAAUCGGCCACAUUUCUGCAGAAGCAACCGCUCUCUCCAUAUUCCAGCAUCGAUGUAUCUUUUGGUAAACGCGCACACCCUCACACGCACCUCUGUCAGUACUCCAUGAGGACUAGCUCCUUGCCGAAUGUACAGGAAUGACUUUCCAAAUACACUGUGUCCUGCGAGGCUUGAAUUUUAGGAUGGGUGGGAACGCCACUGAAUGCAUUAAAAAAAAAAUGGUGGAAUCUUUAUUUCAUUUUAUACUUCAGGAGGGUGGGGAGAAUCCACCUCUCAACGGUUUAAGAAUUUAUGCUGGAGGACAGGGAGUUUUUCCCCCCUCCCUCUUUUUUUCCCUCUGAGAUGUUUAUGUUCUGCAUUUGAAAGAUUAUUUUUCUUUAUAAAACCGUAAGAAUAAAGGUGAUGUU